AUGGCACCUACUCAGACCGUGCCCUAUGGGCACUGGACUAGCCCGCUCACCGCAGAGCGUCUGGCUACAGAUAGUAUAACACUCCACGAGGUAGCAGUCAAUGAAUCAACGGGAGCGAUCUACUCUAUUGAGUGCCAUCCGACAGAAAAUGGUCGCUAUGCGAUUGUUCAGCACCUCAAUGGCAAAAGCCAGGACGUGCUACCCAAGACUCUGAGCGCUCACGCAACAGUUCAAGAGCUUGGAGGUGGCUCCAUCGACAUGCGACACGAUGGCCAGGUUUUAUUCGCAGACGAAGAAUCGCGCAACGUCUACCUAUUGGAUUCGGCGUCGGGAGAAGCCAAAAUUGUCCAUCCGGCGGUUGAGGGGAUCCGGUAUGCUGACUUCUGCAGUCACCCCUCCAAUCCAGAGUGGAUUCUUGCUAUCAAGGAAGACCACCGGGACGCCACACCGGAGACACAAGCGACACAUGUUCAUAACACCUUGGUGGCUAUUAAUAUCGUAUUGGGUACUGAAACUACGAUUGCUAGAGGUGAUGAUUUCUUUUCACAUCCUAAAUUUGAUCCCUCUGGUAAAUAUGUUUCCUGGAUUCAGUGGUCGCAUCCUGAUAUGCCGUGGACCGGAACGGUGCUUCACUAUGCCCAGUGGAAUAAUGGGACUCUGGAGAACGUGACUCGUAUUGCUGGUGAAGGACAAAAAGAGAGCAUCGCUCAGCCAAAGUGGAGUCCAGAUGGGCUAUUGUAUUAUGCCAGUGAUUGCACUGGCUUCUGGCAGCUUUACUCCUUUGAUCUGAAAAUCAAACAGAAAACUGCCUUGUCCUUGAGAACAUUUGCGAAUGCUGAUUUCGCAACUGAUGAAUGGGAACUUGGAAGCUCCACAUACAUCUUUCUCGACCCGCAAACUAUCGUCGCAACAGCUAUUACCCAUGCUACGGCAAUGCUGGUGCUGAUUGAUACUGUCACCUCAUCCGUCCAUGACCUUGAACUGCCAUAUGUGAACGUUUUCGAAAUCCGUCGUGUGUCGUCAACUUCCUUCGUGGUAGUAGGCACUUCAACAACCUCCCCCGAGGAACUCGCAUUAAUUUCGAUUACACCGGCAUACAAAGCCGAACGAAACGUCCUUACAUCAACGGCAACAUUUGAACUACCAGCUGAAUACGUCUCCGUCGCAAAAGAAUUAAAAGCCCCUCAAAAGCACGGUCCAUUGACCGACGGUCACGUUCACAUGUUCUAUUUCCCGCCUCGCAAUCCUGGUUUCCAAGUCGACGGCCUUCCACCUCUCCUGGUCUUCGUUCACGGAGGCCCCAAUGGAUCCACCACUCCAGCUCUCAACCUGGAAAUCCAAUCAUGGACCACGCGCGGGUUUGCAGUAUGUGCUGUCAACUACACCGGAUCCACUGGAUUCGGAAGAGAAUACAGAGAACGACUCUCCGGAUACUGGGGCUUAGUCGAUGUAGCCGAUGCUGUCAGCGCAGUGGAAUACCUUGUGGAUGAGGGCCUGGUUGACAAGACUCGCGUUGGAAUCUAUGGCGGGAGUGCUGGUGGCUACCUGACACUGCGAGCACUUCACAUGUACCCUGAUGUCUGGGCUGCAGGCAUUAGCUCUUAUGGUAUUAGCGAUGUGCGAGCCCUCCAGGCGGAUUCUUAUAAGUUCGAGAGCCAGGAUGUGGAUCGGUUGCUGCUGAGCAAGACAGAGCCUCAAAAUAGAGAGCUUGAGCUUACCAACCGCAGUCCGUGCAACUUUGCUGAUCAGAUUCAAGGGUCGUUGCUGUUAUUGCAGGGAACUGAUGAUAUGGUUGUUCCUGUGGCACAGGCAAGAAUGAUGGCUGAUGCUAUGCGGGUUCAUGGACGAGUUGCAGAAGUCGUUGAAUUCGAGGGCGAGGGACAUGGGUGGGUCGGUCAGAAGGCCAUUUUGGAGUCUUUGACACGAAAGGAGGAAUGGUGGAAGCGACACUUGACUCAGGCAUAA